AUGAGUAACAGGGAUGCAGAAAGCGGCGAUAUCUAUCCGAAACUGAGAUUGACAGAGAUAGUGAGAGUGACGACAAUACACGACCUGCAAAACAGCGAAGAACUCGGUCACUUCCUAUUGACAAUGAGCAAACCUCAUCCCGACAAAAUGGUGCAGAAGGUCAUCCCUGGCCACUUCCUAUCAUCGGUCCAUCCUCCAUUGCUCCAUCUACCAUGA